GAUGAGCGAUGGCAAGGGAAAACAAACCUGGGGAGGAAUUUGACACCGUUUUCAGUCAAAACGACUCUUUAGAGCUCUCUGCCCACCACGAUUAUGACACCUCACAAGUUAGGAUUUUCAAGAUAAUCGUCAUCGGAGACUCAAACGUGGGAAAGACGUGUUUGACCUACAGAUUCUGCGGGGGCACUUUCCUGAAAAACCCCGAGGCAACGAUCGGGGUCGAUUUCAGAGAGAGGACGCUGCAGCUCGAUGGGGAGAGUAUCAAGUUGCAGAUCUGGGACACUGCAGGUCAGGAGCGUUUCAGGAAGAGCAUGGUGGAGCACUACUACCGCAGCGUCCACGCCGUCAUCUUCGUGUACGACGUGACCAGCCUCUCCUCCUUCGAGAGCGUCCCCGAGUGGAUUGACGAGUGCAGCCGACACUCUGUGGGGCCCAUGGUGCCGCGCAUCAUGGUGGGCAACAAGUGCGACCUGAGGGACCGCCGGGAGGUCCCCACCUCUGCUGCGCAGUGUCUCGCCGAUAGCUACAACUUCCCUCUGUUUGAGACUUCAGCCAAGGACCCUGCUGAGAAGGAACAUGUUGACGCUAUCUUUCUGACUUUGGCUUAUAGACUGAAGAGCCACAAACCCAUGAGACUGAAGCAGCUGAGUGAGAGCAGCGUCAGGCAACUGUGGAACCAGAGAGAGCAGGAGGCAGAAAUAUGUCAGUGCUGAGGUCACCUUUAUCCUGUGUGAAUGUACUCAGAGUGUGUACAAAGGUUAUCACAGCCUUCAGGACCAGUAAUGGUGCUGAGGGAAACAGUGUUUCUCCCUGAUGCCGAGACUGAACACAGAUAAGCUUCUUAUGAUCAUGAGAUAGAAAAGAAAGAAUCUCACAGAUUUGACCCUUUUUCCUGCCUGAUGUAAGGCACAGCUAGUGACAGUAUGGAACUAUAAAUAUGCACAAUAUUAAAUCAACAUUUCAAUGAAAUGCAUGAAUGGAUAUGGAGGUAUGCCAAACAUGUGUAGCUCAAACUGCACAUAAAAUAAGCAUUGCAGAGUGCACUUUAGUACCUACACAAAUUAUAUGCAAUCAGCCAUCUAGUAGCACGACAACUUAUCUUCAAUAUUCAAUGCAGACUGUGAAUUAAGGAACAAAAUAGAUUUCAGUGUAAAGGGACCAAUAAGGUAAAUUGAAACAGUCACAACUGUGAAACUGAAACUGUGCAAUCAUUUUUCUUUAAGAAAUGUCUUGAAGUAAUAUUUCAGCUCUUAAAAAAUAAAUAUGUAAGCGCAGCAUGAGUUUUGUGUCGGCUCGUUCACCCGCACAGUUCAUUGGACAGAGCUCACUAAUGACAAAAUGUAGCCGCCUCUUGGGACAAAAUGCAAAUCCACAUAGUUUGCUUGAAACGCAUGAGUGAAUACAUGCUCAGUGGUCUUGUCAUGCCAGAAGGUAUUGAUGAUGUGAGGUAAAGUCACAACUGACUUUUGUUGCAUGUGUACAAUAAUGCAAACACUAUCCAACAGUGUGGAGAUUUGUGACAAUUUUAAGCUGCAAAUCAAUAAAAGUG